CUACUGCGCCUGAGGGGAGUCUGUGCCCAAAUUCCACUACGACUACAUCUGCGAGCGGCGAGAUGUUAAGAUCAAACACGUCAAUAUGACGGAUCCCAACGAGCGAUUCAACGUACGCAAUCCGGUGGUGCGCCGCGCGGAGUACUACAGGGCUCCAUACGACAUCCUGAAGGCAUGUCCCGACUGGUACGGUUGCAACUUGCGCAUCGCGCCGGAGUCCAUGCACCAAGAGCUACCGGCCGCGCUUCUCGACGCCAACGAGACUGCCUUCGUCGGCCACGGCGGCAAGUACUGGCUCGCUCUCUACUACACACAGCUUGCAACUUACGCUAUAUACUUCCAAGCUCAUGGCGAGUACCCGUGGCAGUCGAACCGACCUAUCGUCUCCGUCGAUAAAGGUGGCAUAUGGGAGCAACUGCUGAAGGCAAACAUCGGUCCGGACAUGAACCUGCACUACAAUCUAAACGGCAUCUUCAAUCGCUACCCAGGAGGGAACGUUGCACCAGAUCUGAUGCGCAAUGAAGGACAGGUGCAACCGGCCAACUUUAGGUCUGAAAGCCGAGAUGGCGCGCCAGAGGACCUCAUAAUUGGCAACGCGCAUCUUGUCAAUGGACCAGAUGCUGAGACAGGAAGUGCGAAUUACAACAAAUUCAUACACGACUCUCAAGUACAAGCCACUUUCGACCACUCAAAGAAUAUAUAACAUUUAGUGCAUUCCUUCAAAUUUUAUUACAAUAAAUAUAAUUACAUAA